AUGGGGAGAGGACGCCGUGUCCAUGGUCGGGGAGGGGACUCCGUGUCCAUGGUCGAGGAUGAUGCUGUGUCCGAGGAUGGGGGAGAGGACGCCUUGUCCGUGGUUGGGGGAGGGUACUCCAUGUCCGUGCCAUCCGAGCUGGGGAGCACGGGGCCCCGGGGCCGACCUCGCAGGGGUGUGCCCCUCACCCUGGCCCUGUGUCUCCCCGAAGCUGACCGGCAGGUGGCGGAGGCGGAAUCUCUGGUCCACACGCUGGACCGCUGGUCGGUGGUGGAAAGGAUGGUGGUGCCCGCCAGAACACCCGACGGGAAGGUCGCGUUCGGCAGAGGGACCUUGCGGCACCUGACAGAGAAAAUCCGAGCGUUGCCAGAAGUCACCGCGGUCUUUCUGAAUGUGGAGAGGAUGGCCCCGCCCACCAAGAAAGAACUCGAGGCCGCCUGGGGCGUGCAGGUGUUUGACCGAUUCACCGUUGUUCUUUCCAUUUUCCGCUGCAACGCCCGGACGAAGGAGGCCCGGCUGCAGGUGGCGCUGGCUGAGCUCCCGCUUCUCAGGUCCCACCUGAGCAGCACCACCCGCCUGGAUGGACGGGGAGGAGGCUCACGCUACAUCAUGGGGUCAGGAGAAUCGCUCGUGCAGGUGCAACGGCGCCUGCUGAAGGACAAGGAGCUGAAGAUUCGUAAGGCCCUGGACAGACUUCGGGAGAAAAGGCGUCUCCUGGGAAGGCAGCGCAGACGGCGGGAGUUUCCUGUGGUCUCCAUGGUGGGAUACACAAACUGCGGAAAAACCACGCUGAUCAAGGCCCUGACGGGUGACGACGCCGUCCGGCCCCAGGAUCGGCUGUUUGCGACACUGGACGUCACGGCCCACGCGGGGUGGCUGCCCUCCCGCGUGGCCGUCAUCUACAUGGACACCGUCGGCUUCCUCUCCCAGCUGCCCCACAGCCUGAUCGAGUCCUUCUCCGCCACCCUGGAAGACGUGGCUCAUUCAGGGGGCGGCCACCAGCCUUUCGGGCCCAGCAGGGAGCAAGGCGCCCGAGGGGGCGGGCAGGACGCCCCGCGGCGGUGCUGA